AAAUUGGAAGGAGUGUGCAAGAGCAAGGGCAAAUGGAUGAUGAAAUACGUCUCUUUCUUGAUGCUCGCUAUAUUUCAGCAUCAGAGGCAUCAUGGAGAAUAUUUCACUACCGUCUGCAUAAUGAGAAGCCGGACAUAAUGCAGUUACAUGUUCAUCUUCCAGGAAAACAUAGAGUGAUUUUUAGAGAUGAUGAGCCUUUGGAGGAUAUAAUCAAUCGUUCCAAUACUGAGAAGACAACUCUCACAGCUUGGUUUGAGGCCAAUGCAAUGUAUCCAGAGGCACGAAGGCUUGCUUAUACAGACUUUCCAACUCAGUGGGUAUAUGAUAAACGGACCAAAAAAUGGAAACCGAGACAAAAAGGAGCACAAUUACGUUAUUUGUUCGCAACUCUACUGAUAUUCUGCAACCCAACUAGACCUGAAAUACUUUGGGAAAACCACAUUUCAGCACUCAGUGAUGAUAUUUUUUUUCAAGUUCGCCAUAAAACGGGAGAUAUGACGCUUGAGCUUAUGGAUGCUGAUAUACACAAUAGGGCCCUUCAUCAUCUGCAAACUAUCUUAAACAGACACGGAAGACAACAACAAUAUGAUGUAGAAGAACUUACUAAACUUAUUGAAAAUGAUCUUCCCCGCCUAAAUAUGGAUCAGCGAGCCGUGUAUAUAAAUGUUAUUGCCGCUGUAGAAGCUGAAAUUCCUUCUGUCCGCCUGAUGGGAUAUAUUGCACUCGCCGUUGCUUCCUCGGGCAUUGCUGCUCUUCUUUUACCAGGUGGCCGUACAGCUCAUUCCCGAUUUAAAAUCCCUUUUGAUCCACAAGAAGGCUCCACCUGUUCUGUGUCUCAUGGUUCCGACUUAGCCUUACUACUGCAGCAAGCAC